AUGGAAUCACUAUCGACACAAGACAUAAUGAGCGUCAAGGGCCGCAUCGCCCUAGUCACCGGUGGAAGUAGCGGAAUAGGACGAAUGAUUUCCCAGCCGCCAUCUCAGGGCCUUGUCAUCAACGGCGCCAAAGUCUACAUAGUCGCACUUCCAGGUGACCCCAUCGACCAAACAGUACAGGACUUGAACGCAUGUGGAACUGAAUCAGGUGGAAGCGCUGAAGGCUACGCCUGCGACUUGUCCUCUAAGGAGUCCAUUUUCAAACUUGCUGAGAUAAUCUCUGGCAAAGAAACUAAACUCGACAUGCUCAUAUCCAAUGCCGGGAUUCGACGGGACCCUCCUAUCGCAUGCAAUGUUCUCACUGCGACCCUGGCCGAGCUGCAGGAGUCAAUGUGGUCAAGCAGAGAAUCAGACUGGGCCAAUACUUUUCAAGUCAACACAACAGCGCAUUACUUCCUUAGUGUUGCGUUUCUUCCUCUCCUGGCUGCCGCGGCCGAUCAGCAACUAGAUGAUGGUCGUCGAGGUCAGGACGAUGGGAGAGGCGUGGUAGUCAUCACCAGCUCUUGUGCGAGUAUGCAUAAUGCGACGAAUGUGGACCUGACGAGCUACGCUACGAGCAAAGCGGCGACAGAUCAUUUGGUGAAGUUGUUGGCUGCGAAGUUUCAUCGGUUUUAUGUGCGGGUAGUGGGGAUAAAUCCUGGAUUUGUUCCCUCUAACAUGAACCCCGUUGGUGCAGCGGGGAAUAUGUUCAGCGGCUUGUUUGACAAGGUCCCUGCUAAACGAGCUGGGAGGUCUGAAGAUCUUGCAGGGACGGUGUUGUAUCUGGUCAGCAGGGCUGGAUCGUAUGUGGAUGGUAUCUCUCUUUGCAUUGAUGGCGGCCGGAUACUGCUAGCUAAUGGGCAGGAAUAG